UCAUUGUAUACCAUGUAACUGUCUAAAUGAAUAGACGCAAAUAAAGAAUACAUACAUACAAAAGAGAGCUUCGGUUAUAACGACUCUGCACGCAGGGUAUGGAGUAAAAGUGUGACGCAUUAAAACUCAUUAAACAGCUUUAUAAGAACGAUGUUAGUUUAACCUGUGGUAGGACUUUACAUACACAUGAACAGUUGGAUAAUAAGGACACACUAUGGGUGACACCAAAAUCAGUUCCCUUUCUAACAAGCAUGUGAAGGUAAGAGAUCUACCUAUUACAUGGUUAAGGAAACUAAUCACUAUGAUUCAACUCUAUGACACUGAUAAUGAUGGACAUGGAGGCUAUGAGGAUUUCAUGACGUUAGCUGACAGAUUAAUCAAAUAUGGUAAACUCGAUGGGAAGGCUGCAGAUGACGUCAUCGAGUUUUUUCAAUCAUAUGGAUCAGCUUCAAAGGCAGGGGCUAGAUCGGAAAUGAUGGCUGCAACAGGCACGGCACAGCAAAUUCUUGCAGCGUGGAAAGCGAGGGAUAAUCCAGCUGCAGUUGAGCUAUGGCGGUCAAAAUACUCCAGAAUGUUCAAGUUAUUUGACUUGAACUCCACUGGUUUCAUAACAUUUGACGAAUACUUGACCUUCUGGCGUAUUUUCGGCAUUGACCCACGCUUUGCAAGGAUGCAGUUCGACUACAUGGACACAGAUGCAGAUGGAAAUAUAUCAGAGGGGGAGUUUGUCGAUGCUGCCAUUGAUAACUUUUGUAACGCAGACUUGGACGCGCCGAAUCGCUUCUAUGGACCAUUAGUAAAAUAUUAAAAUUCUGCUGCUAAAUGUUCUCGCCUCGCUUCAUGAUUCUACAUACAGAGUCAGAUUAUACAAUAUUCAUCGUAAUAAUGUCACUAUGUUAACAAGAAUUGAUACAGACAGCAGUGAUCUCACAAACACUAUAAUAACCAGUCGCCAAAAACAUUAGACUUCAUCCUGCUGAAAAUCUCCAUGCCAAAAGUUGGUAUUACCAUUUAGCACCUUGUUGAGAAAAAAUUACAUUUAAGCAGAUAGCUGUUCAGUGUCAUCCAUACACACAUGAUAUCUGCACCGAGUUUUUUUGCAAGCACCGUCUACAAAGGAUGUUUGAAAUACAGGGUGGUCAAUAAUCGUUUAGCACAUUGAAUUUCAACAUACUUUAUUUCAUGAAAAUCGAGACA